CAUUUCCUUCCCAUCCAAAACUAAGAGUCAAACAACUUGUUGUCAUUGCGUAUCAUUGGCUCCUGGUCGAAGUGACAGCUGUCUCCAGACUGUCCCUACUGCCCACUCCCCUCCUCCGCCCCCCAUGGCAGGGCAGGGGACUUUACGUUUGGUGUCAUGGAGGGGGGGACGCAAGUCUGGGAUUAGCUCAUCAAGACGGACAUCUUUGAUCUGAGGUUAUCUCUCCCAUUUCCACGGCAACUUGAUCAUAUCCUGGUCUCUUAAGACACACACGAGGGCACACACACACACACACACACACACACACAAAUGGGCCUUAAAGCCCUAGAGAGCAAGGCCCAACAGAGAUGUGAAGUGUAGAUGUGCAGCAACAGCUAAACGUCGUGUCAGGUUUCUGGGGGCUCGUGCUAAAUUUAACCCUGUGAUCCUGCAGCAGGCAGAGGGGUUUAAAUGCCAGCCUACAGUUGCUCCACACCAGUUGUUCUCCACACGUCUUCCACUCAUCACAAACCAAAGCAAGACAGCCACACACACCUACACUCUGACACACACGCUUCCAGGCGCAGGACUGAAGACCACAUACAGUAGAGCAGUUCCAGGGGAAGCAGGAAUCUUUGUCCCCCUUUCAGACCACAGCGUUGUCCAGUAUGGAGCUUUUCGAGACCAACCCUUACUUCUUCCCUGACCAGCGCUUCUACGAGGGAGGGGACAGCUACUUCCCCUCUCGCCUGCCUGGGGCAUAUGACCAAGGUGCCUACCAGGAUAGAAACUCCAUGAUGGGCUUGUGUGGGAAUCUGACUGGGGGUGUUGGAGUUGGGGUGACAGGAACAGAGGACAAAGCCUCCCCGUCCAGCCUGUCGCCUCACUCCGAGCCCCAUUGCCCGGGCCAGUGCCUUCCCUGGGCCUGUAAGCUGUGCAAAAGGAAGACGGUUACCAUGGACCGUCGGAGAGCGGCCACAAUGAGGGAGAAGAGGCGCCUGAAGAAGGUGAACGAGGCCUUUGAUGCUCUGAAGAGGAGCACCCUGAUGAACCCAAACCAGAGGCUGCCCAAGGUGGAGAUCUUGCGGAGUGCCAUCCAGUAUAUCGAAAGGCUGCAGGCCCUGGUGUCUUCCCUCAACCAGCAGGACACUGAGACUGGACAGCAGGGACUGCACUACCGACCCAGCGCAACCCAACCCAGAGUGUCAUCGUCAAGCGAGCCCAGUUCGGGCAGCACCUGCUGCAGUAGCCCCGAGUGGAGCAGCACUCCCGAGCAGUGCACACAGAGCUACAGCAGCGAGGAUCUCCUGAGUGCUGCUGACUCUCCAGAGCAGGGGAACAUGCGUGCCCUGACCUCCAUCGUGGACAGCAUCACUGCAGCGGACGGAGCUGUAGCCUUUCCGAUGGACAUUCCCAAAUAGAGCCUCCACAUUGCGGACCCAUAGGUGCACAGAGAGCCACAGACAAAAAGGAAAAUGGUAAUUGGCAAAGCAGGCUGAGAAACUGUCCUAAAUUCUGAUUUAAUUUAUUUUUUUUAGCUCUACUGAUCUGAGUGUCUUAUACUAAAUUAUGAGUGAUUUAUUUGAAUUGUAAAUCUGCUGAUCAAUGGGUCUGUCAGCCAAACUGAAUUCCUCCUGUUCCCGAAUGAGGCCUUAUUCUCUUUAUUCCCUGCCUUAUCCCGUGGUCCAGACCUUUCUGUCAGAGCCACGGGAGCUUA